AUAAUUCAUGAGUCAAAAAGAAAAUCGGAUUGUGAAAUGGUGGAAUCUGUAGCUGAUGACUGCAAAAAUCCGGACGAUGGAGCACAGAAUGUGUUGGAUGCGUUUGCCACGCAGGAUAGGACACGGAUUUGGGAAUUGAUCCGGCAGCUUCCUGAAUCGGGUUCGGCAGGUGAAGAUAAGUUUGAGGAAGCUUACCAGGAAUAUUCGGAGCUGCUGGGCAAGUAUCAAGAGCAACCGCACCUUCUGGAUGGAAGCUUAGAAGAGCUGGUACAAGGUAUUUUAACAUACAUUCUGGAGCAGGACAAAAGCCAGCAUGUGAAACACCGAGCAGCGAAAUAUUUAUAUCAGAUCUGUAAGGUACGUACAUUUAAGGCUUUUCAGAAAUACCUUCCGCAUGAGAUCCGACACUUAAGCUUUGUGCUCGGAUAUUUGGAGCGCCAAGAUUUGGAAGAUUGGCAAAACUGGGAAACCCGUUUUCUGUGCCUGCUAUGGCUUUCGCUUUUGGUGUUAAAUCCAUUUGACUUGAGUCGGUUGGACAGUGACGAUGGCGGCAAAGGAACAAUGGAACGAAUAUACGAGGUGUGCCGUGUAAACUGUCUGAAGGAAGAUACUUGCACUCCGAUUGCUGCCUAUCUGACUGCUAAAUUUCUAAUUAGAAAUGAUGUAAAGAAAGUUUAUCUGUCGGCUUUCCUGGAUUGGGCCAGCGCCUCAGAUGUCGCCAUUGAUCCAAAGAUAGGUACACUUUUUGGAAUUGCUUGUGUGCUAAAGCAUGGUAAACGCGAAGACCUUCUACCAUACGCGGAAAAGUUAGCCAACUGGAUAUUGCACCUGGACUAUGAUCAAAUAUCUAAGAAUUUUAAAGUCUAUAAGAUCUGCAUUAAAAUAAGUCAGCGAAUCGGUAUGGUCCUUCUUCCUCCCAGAAUUGCCAAGUGGCGUUAUCAGCGAGGAGCUCGAUCACUGUUGGCCAAUGUGAAUAAACCUGUCACUGUUGCGUCGCUCCAAAGAGAAUCUCCAAAACCGGAUGAAUCUUCGCCAGAUGAAGCAGAAGAUGAUGACGAGGUUCCGGCAGAAAUUGAGGAGAUUAUUGAAAGGCUUUUGCUCGGACUGAAGGGAAAUGCCACAAUAGUUCGGUGGAGUUCCGCUAAAGGUAUCGGGCGUAUUACAAAUCGACUGCCGAAAGAUCUUGGUGACGAAGUUGUUUCGUCGGUCAUCGAACUUAUCAAUCCAUUGGAACAGGAUGACGCUUGGCACGGAGCAUGUUUAGCGUUGGCUGAACUGGCUCGAAGAGGCCUACUCCUUCCAGCACGUCUAACGGAAAUUAUACCUCUGCUGAUGCAAGCUUUGGUUUACGACGAAAUGCUUGGUUAUCGUAAUGUGGGUCAGAACAUAAGGGAUGCCGCGUGCUAUAUGUGUUGGGCGUUUGCGCGAGCUUUUCACCCAACUAUCCUGCAGCCCUUCGUAGAGCAGAUUGCAUCCGCUCUGCUGGUGACGGCUGUAUUUGAUCGGGAAAUCAACUGCCGACGUGCAGCAUCGGCGGCAUUUCAGGAAAGCGUUGGCCGACUGGGGAACUUCCCGCAUGGAAUCGACAUACUGACAAUGGCAGAUUUUUUCUCCGUUGCUGUGCGCAGCAACGCCUUUCUGCAGAUUAGUGACUACAUUGCACAAUUCGAGGAAUACCGGCGCAAGCUAAUUGAUCACCUCAUCGUUCGCAAAAUCAACCACUGGGAUACUAACAUUCGUGAGUUAUCCGCUCAAGCGUUGAGCAACUUUGCUAAGCGAGACCCGAACUAUAUGUGUGACCAAAUAUUGCCAAAGCUGUUUGACUUGACGGAAGUGACAGAUUUGAAUGCGCGUCAUGGAGCAACUCUUGCCAUUGGAGAAAUUGUUCAUUCCUUGCGCCAACUGCAGGAUGCAGAGCAAGGCAAAUCACCGUAUAUUAAUGGUCAGGUUGUCGAGCGUGGUGGACAGUUGGUGAUCAAAUUUCGACAGCGUGGACAAUUCAAGGGUAUGAGCGGGACAUAUAUGAAGCAUGGUUGCGCGAGUUUUAUUCAAAACUGUAGCGAGGCAAAACUUCCUCUCAAUGCAGAGCAAAUCGAAUCUUGGCAACUUUUGUUGGACGAGUCAAUCGUUGAUGAGAAAACUACCACGAGAGAACUUGCAGUGUGUGCUUUCUCGGCUUUCUGCACGACGUACUAUUGUUCGGAAGUUCCUCCCAGGCUAAUUGCCUUGAUCGACAGCUAUAUUAAAGACCUUCGUGACACUAAAGUCGAACAUAAAGCGCAAGGGAUCGUAUCCGCGCUCGGCGCGUUGCCAAAGUUUAUGCUACAGCUAAGACUUGCCGAAAUUUUGGAUGUAAUUGACGAGAAAACAAUACUACCGGACCCUUUUGCUGCCGGCUAUAAUCAUUCAGAGAUGCGACGGGAUUGCAUAAAAGCUCUCGCUAACAUCGUUCAAACAGUAAAUUUUGCGGACGAAAAAUUGAAUCUCGAGAAGGUUUACAAAAUUUAUAUGAGAGCUUUGGAAGAAUAUGCAAUUGAUAAUCGAGGAGAUAUAGGCUCUUGGGUACGUGAAGCAGGAAUCCAUGCGUUGUAUCAACUUUUGACGUCCUGUCCGUCGAAUUUGCUGACACCGAAAAUGAUUGAAAAAUGCAUGGUUGCUAUCGCUAAGCAAUCGGUUGAGAGAAUCGACAAAAUUAGAGCGGUUGCUGGAAAGAUAUUUGUUUCGUUGAUUUAUCAUCAACCUGCGAUACCACACAUUUCGCACCGAGAAGAGCUUGGGAAGAUUUUUCCCGAAGAUACAACGGAAAUUCUAUGGCUCUUUCCACAUCAUACAUUCCCACUUUUUAUUCAGCUGCUGAAUUUCCCCGAAUAUGUCAACAGCGUAGCAGAAGGGCUAAUUUUAUCGGUUGGUGCUCCAACUGAAUCGCUUCACAGUUGCGCCGCCAAAAUUAUGAACGAAUAUUUGAAAAACCAUAUCGAUUUUGUGCCUCAUUUUGGACAGACCGUGUUAAAUAUCCUUCAAGAAAAAACGGUCAAGGAUACACUGUUCAUGACAUCCACUUUCCAAUUUAUCGCUGAAUUACUAUCGUCAACGACAAACUCGAAACUGUUGCUGACUGAUGAAACGUCUCCGUUUCCGGAGGCCAUUUUUGUCGUUGUCAACGAUCUCGUUGCACACAGCAAAAAGUAUUACAAUUCCAUCCCAGUAUAUUGUGCCCUUAUGUUGGCCCCACGCAUAUGCAAGCGAGUUCUCAGCAAACUGGUCAUGUAUUUGGGCAUGCUGUGUGUCAACAUUCGACGCGAAACGUCCCUUAGGAUGUAUGAAACACUGCUGGUGUACGGAGAUCAAACGAGCAUACCAGAAGAAAACUUGGACGAAGUGUUGUCCUGUUUGAGUGAAGAAAAAUGGGAUGGAGAACUGGAAGAAGCCAGAAGGAUCCGGAAUCAGCUGUGCGGGCUUCUGGGAAUCAAGCCACCGGUCACGAGAGCACGGAAGUAAAGAUUGCUCCUCGGAACUUGAAAUAGAAGUUCGAAUAUUAAAACAUGACAAAUAUCAAAUGCAUUUAUAAACUAACUGGCUUUCAAGCACGCUUCCGAUAAUUCAUCAAUGUAUGGUUUGAUGAUUGAUAGCAGGUUUACGCACAUUGCAAAUUAUAUAAAACAAGCUUAUUAUUAUUCUGUUUGUUUUGCAUUUAAUAAAACCUCAAA